AUGACUCUGGAGAACUAUUUGAUAGAUGAAGAUGGGGUUGGAGACCAUUUUCCAGUGGGUAUGCGUGUUUUGCUUGUUGAUGAUGAUCAACUUUGUCUCAAAGUGUUAGGGAACAUGCUUCGCAAAUGCCAGUAUCAGGUUACUACAACUAUUCAGUCAAUUAAGGCAUUAGAUAUGUUGAGGACAAAUAGAAAUAUGUUUGACCUCGUCAUUACUGGCGUAAAUAUGCCACACAUGGAUGGACUUAAGCUACUAGAGAUAGUGGGACAUGAAAUGGACAUACCUGUCAUAAUGUUGUCAGAAUUGAGUGAUAUAGAGUACGUGAAGAAAAGUGUUAUACUUGGCGCAUGUGACUAUAUAAUUAAACCUCCUCGAAUCCAAGUACUGCAGAAUAUAUGGCAACAUAUAGCGCGAAGAAAGAUUGAUUGCAAAGGUCAAAUUACGCACUUCAAUGAGGAGAAAGCAUGCAAUAUAGCUAGGGAAGGUAGUCAAAGCAUCACAUUAGAAAGUAAUGCUGACCAUAAUCAAAUGCAUGGUAAGAAAAGGAAGGAACCGUGUGUGGAAGAAGAAAAUGGUGAAAUGAAUGCAAAAGAGAAUGAGGAACCUUCAAAUCAAAAGAAGCCUCGUUUAAAUUGGAAUGAUGACUUGCAAAGAAAAUUUCUUGCUGCAGUCAAUUCACUGGGCAUUGAUAGUGAGUUUACAUGCCUGUUAAAUACAAACUUGGCUGCCUCAAGAAGACCUCAACAAGCUUGCAUGGUUGCUGCGUCACGUUGUAGUGAUUCUUACGUGCAAAUGAAUUCAAUAGAUAGAUAUGGAAAUUUUGACACCUUAUUUGGAUCAAGAAGAAUCGGUCCCUCUGCACCGGUCCAAUCUAUUGAGACACAAAAUAUAAACAACUCCAGAAACAUCCAGCCGUGCAUGUUUUCUGCAAAUCAAAGCUCAAGUUUAUCACAGGGAAUUCCAAACUCAAUCGAGUUUAACCAAUUUCAGCAGAGCAACUGUAUAACUAGUUUUGAGCAGUUUAGUUCAAUUGAUGGGUCAAAUGGAUAUGUGGUUUCCUCUAACUUUCCUGGCUCAAUCACCCAAUCCACAAAAGUUGAUAAAUCCUAUUUAGAUGCAGGAAUGAAGUCAAAUGAUGCCUACAUUUUGCAGCCCCAAGAAGAACUCACCGAGGAGGAUAUUUUUGGUACUUUACAUGACAUAGUGAGUGAUAUUGGUUAA